GGUAGGUUGUAGCUGUCUUUUUGUGGAGUGGAAUAUUUGUUUCUCAUAGUCAUAGUCUGACCAUGAUGCUGAAACAUUGCUUUAUAAGCUUUCUUAUCAACUUCUUCUGGAUUUAUGGAGGAGGAAGCCUACCAGUACAGGAAUCUCUGGGGCCCCUGAGCAUUGAAUUUCAGUCAUUUAAUCUCCAGAGUAUUUUACACUGGCAUCCUGGAAGUGCUUCCACUCCCAACAACACAGUCUAUUUUGUGCAGUACAAAAUUUAUGGACAGAAAAAAUGGACAAACAAAGAGGAAUGCUGGGGCAUUUAUGAACUCUCCUGUGACCUGACAAAUGAAACCUCAGAUGUACAAGAACCUUAUUAUGGAAGGGUGAAAGCUGCCUCUGCUGGCAUCCAUGGUGACUGGAGCAUCACAAAGAGGUUUAUCCCCUGGUGGGAAACAAAAAUAGGACCUGUAUCUAUCAGUGUGAUACAAAACAACAAAUCAAUACAGUUGACACUUCAUGCUCCAGAUUCACCCUAUAAAGGAAAAAAAGGAAGAAACAUAUCAAUACAGGAUUAUUAUGAACUAGUAUACAGAGUAUUUAUAACUAAUAAUUCCCUAGACAUGAUACAGAAGACAGCUCUCUCAGGAAUGCCAAGAGUACAUAAACUGAUGGAAUAUGGUAUUCCAGAACAUUGCUCUGACUUGAAGAUGGUAGUUACACAAAAUCCUGGUAGAAAUGAUCAUACAAAAUUCAAAAUUGCUAUUUGUCUGUCUUUAUAAAUGCUUAUUCUAAUUGCUAAAAAUAUAAGAGUGAAUAUGUGAAAGAAAA